AUGGACUGCUCGGCGCCCCCACCAUCAACACCACCAUCAGCACCCCUCACCCUUCCCGACACGCUCACCGAGGUGACGCGGAAUGUGCUGUGGCUGGCCAAUGCCACCGCCACCGCCCUGCACCGUCUUCCCGGUUCCGCCGUCGUCGUCCGCUACGUGCGCUCCUCGCACCAGAACGACCCCGUCCGCACCAUCAUCGAAUUGCUCCUGGCCCUGCUGGCGGUGCGCUACAUUCUCGCCCCCAAGUACAGCCCGCGCAAACAGGGCAAUCAUCUCCCUCUAAGCGACGAGGAGGUCGAUGAGCUGAUCGACGAGUGGACGCCGGAGCCCUUGGUCGAGGAGCAGCCGGAGCGCAUGAAGCUUGCUCAAAAUCUUCCCGUCUUGCAUCGAGAGGCCCCUACUGGACCCAAGACGAAGCUCUGCGAUGGCAGGAUCGUGACGAACCUCGCCAACUACAAUCAUUACAACUUUUCCAAUGAUCCAGCAUUCGUUGACGCCGCCGUGGCCACCAUCCGUGACUAUGGCGUCGGCCCCUGCUCUGCACCCGGCUUCAUCGGAACCUUCGACGUACACACAAAGCUCGAGAGCGACAUUGCGGCGCAUUUUGGAACCGAGGACACCGUCGUCUACUCGCAGAGCUUCUCCACCAUCAGCAGUGUCAUCUCGGCCUUUUGCAAGCGAGGUGAUAUCAUAGUAGCCGAUCGUGCAGUCAACUUCUCCAUACGCAAAGGCAUCCAGGCAUCGAGAAGCAUCGUUCGCUGGUACGAGCACAAUGAUAUGGAGGAUCUGGACCGGGUACUCGCCAAGCUCGUCAGCGAGCGACGACCGCUGACGCGGAGGUUCAUCAUUACCGAAGGCUUGUCCGAAAAUGUUGGUGAUAUGGCCGAUGUGCCGAGAUUGCUCGAGCUGAAGCACAAAUACAAGUUCCGUCUGGUCCUUGAUGAGACGUAAGGUGCGCCCGUGUCAAGAAGGCAUCCAUUACCGGUGACUGACCCAACUUUCUGCAACAGAUGGUCGUAUGGAAUCCUGGGCCGAACCGGAAGGGGCGUGACAGAACUGCAAAACGUCGACGCUACCAACAUCGACAUCAUUGUCGGAAGCUUAGCAGGAGCCAUGGCAAGUGGCGGCGGGUUCUGCACCGGAUACAGGAUCAUGGUCGAACACCAACGCUUGAACUCUCCCGCUGUGACGUUCUCGGCGUCUUUGCCCAUGUUUCUGGCCACCACGGCCUCUGCGGUCAUCGCAAGACUCCAGGGUCCGGAUGGGGCGAAAGCCCUGCAGACUCUACAAGAGCGUAUCGAAUCCUUGCGUCAGCAGCUGGACCGAAGUGAAUGGGUGACUUGCGUCAGUGCGCCGGGCAAUCCCGUCCUUCACUUGACGUUCAAGGCACAGCAUGUACAGAACCGUCGCCUCACCCGGCCGGAGCAGGAAGCCCUGCUACAGGAGUGUGUUGACGAGGUAAGGGAAAGCUUCUGCGAGUCAUGUCGCAACAACAACAACAUGGCUAACAUAUAUGUCAGUGUCUGAACAACCACUCCAUCAUCGUCACCCGACUCAAGAGCAUGCCAAUCAUGGAUGGACUGCAUCCGCGAGACGCAGCCAGGGAGUACCAGCCCGAGCCAACACUCAAGGUCUCCGCAAGUGCGGCCUUGUCAAAGAAGGAAACGGAGAAGGCCGGCACUGCGAUACGGCACGCCAUCACAGCUGUGAUGAAGAGGACCAAGUCGCAAUAUGGAACGGCUCCGGAGAUCAGAUGA